AGAAAUAUUGAUAAAUUGAAUAUCUCGAAAACGAAAAUGAAUAAAAAUUUCAAAGAUAAAAUUCUUGAAUCAAACUUUAAAUAUUUACAAGAAGAAGAUCAAAAUAUUAAUAAAAGUGAUUCAAAAGUUAAGCUUAAAAAAUUUUUCGAUAAUUUACCUGAAAACUCAGAUGUUCCUGAAUUUAAAAUGUGGAAUACAUGGGAAAAAAUGGAAUUAGAAUUUUCAAUAGUAAAAUACCCUAAAAAUGCAUUUCAAGAAAUGAUUAAAUGGACUAAAGAAGGAAAAUUAUGGAAAUUUCCUAUAGAUAAUGAACAAGGAAUGGAAGAUGAAUAUAAUGUGCAUUUCUCAAAGCAUGUAUUUUUGGAAAAUCAUUUGGUACCAUGGUGUCCCUCUAAAGGUCCAAUACGACAUUUUAUGGAAUUAGUAUGUGUUGGACUUUCAAAAAAUCCAUAUAUGACAAUUGAAGAAAAAUAUGAUCAUAUAAUGUGGUAUAAAAAUUAUUUUAAAGAUAAGCAAGAUUUAUUACAAAAAUUAGAUAUCGUAGAAUAAAAAAGAAUUUGUAAAAAAUAUAUAAAAUGAAAUAUUGUUUUUAAAAAAUAAAAAUUUAAUAAAAUAUAUGAAUUUUAUUUCUUUAAAUUAUAUUUUAUAAAUAAACAUAAACAUUGAAUAAAAUGAUAAUUAUUCUUUAUAAAGG